UUUGUAGUAAGAUCUCAUUGAUUUGCAGGAAAAAAUCAAUAAAAAUAAAAUUUGAUUAUUUUUAGUUUCUCUUUACUACCUUGUAAUUAACCACUUUUAUUAUUAUCAAUGGUCAGUGGGCUAUGAGCGGUGAGCUUUGACACCCCAUAUGCCUAUCAUCUAUCAAAUCCAUCAUCGAAGUGUUUUAGAGUGAAAACCAAAAGCCGCCGAAGGACGUGUGACGUCACGUGUGAAAAGAGGAGGAAGACAGAUAUAAGCCCGAGAAAUGGCGACUCCAUGAUCCUGUCGUCUAGGGGUGACUACGCUGGACACUACAACGUUGUCGUGGAGUUCGGAUUUUUCCGGAUAUUGGCACAUAACUUCGAAAGUUUACUCUUGAAGUGGUUGUGUCCCCUAAAGCGGCAAUGGCUGCAAAUAUGUAUCGAGUUGGAGAUUAUGUCUUUUUCGAAACAUCUUCAACAACGCCGUAUCAAAUCAGACGGAUUGAAGAACUUAAUAAGACCCCAAAUGGCAAUGUGGAAGCAAAAGUUAUGUGUUUUUACCGGAGGAGAGACAUCUCAAGCUCCCUCACGUUACUUGCGGACAAACAUCAAAGUUCUGGAGAGGGUAAAUUGAGACCGUCUGACACUCUGAGUAAUGAUAAUGAAAACUUCAUGCCUAUGUUUACAGCCACCCUUGAUGACACCGAACUCGAGGCUCGGGUCGAUGACAUAACAGACAAACAGAAACACCAACUAAAGCAUCGAGAGCUGUUCCUGUCACGUCAGGUGGAGACUCUACCAGCCACACAUAUACGUGGCAAGUGUGUGGUGACACUACUGAACGAGACAGAGUCCCUUCUCUCCUACCUAAACAAAGAGGACACAUUCUUCUACUCGCUGGUAUAUGAUCCAUCACAAAGGACAUUAUUGGCAGAUAAAGGUGAAAUCAGGGUUGGAGGACGGUACCAGGCUGACAUAACAGAACUGCUCAAGAAUGCAAUGGAAGAAGAUGACCGUAAAAUGGAGGAUUUAGAGGAACUUAUAUGGGAUCCAAACAAUGUUUUAAAUGACCGACAAAUUGAUCAAUUUCUAAUAGUAUCAAGAUCUGUAGGUACAUUUGCGCGUGCUUUGGACUGUACAAGUACUGUGAGACAACCUAGUCUGCAUAUGAGUGCCGCAGCAGCCUCAAGGGACAUCACUCUGUUCCAUGCUAUGGACACACUACACAAAGCCCGCUAUGAGAUUGCCAAAGCUGUGACGAGCAUGGUUCCAUCUGGUGGCCCUGUGCUGUGUCGUGAUGAAAUGGAAGAAUGGUCUGCAUCAGAGGCCAAUCUGUUUGAGGAAGCGUUGGACAAAUAUGGAAAAGAUUUCAAUGAUAUUAGGCAAGACUUUUUGCCAUGGAAAUCUUUGAAAAGUAUUGUAGAGUAUUACUACAUGUGGAAAACGACAGACAGAUAUGUACAACAGAAAAGAAUAAAAGCAGCCGAGGCAGAGAGCAAGUUAAAACAGGUGUACAUUCCUAAUUACAAUAAGCCAAACCCAGCAGCAAUCAGUGGGAAGAUGAAUGGUGAAGAUGGUCAAGUAUCUGGGCGAGCUUGUGAGAGCUGUUAUGCUGGCCACUCCAGUCAGUGGUACUCAUGGGGCCCAGCACAUAUGCAGUGUAGACUUUGUUCCUCAUGUUGGAUAUACUGGAAAAAAUAUGGAGGACUUAAAAUGCCCACGCGCUUAGAUGGUGAACGACCAGCCCCUACUCAGAGGCAAGAGCGUAUUGCACAAUUCAACAUGAUACGGAUGCACCGAUGUACAAUAGCUGGAUGUGGUAAGGAGUUCCGCUUGAAGGCUCACUUGGCGCGACAUUUAGCCACAGCACAUGGCCUAGUGGUGAGCGCUGGCAGUCCACGGCCUGUGAUGAAGACGAGGGCAGCAUUCUGUCUCAUCACUACAUCACUAACCAGAAUAUCACGGCGACUUUGUCGGGAUAUCCUUAGGUCACGUCGAGCGGCCAGGUCACCGUUCACACCAAUUAACAUAGCAGCUAUCAAACAAGAAUGUCAAUUACGACUUGCAGAGGUCGGUAAUUACGAGCCUAAUAUUGAACCAAGGAAGCCUGCCACACUAGAUCCAGUCGUGGCACGACUGGGUAUCAACAUCAAGAUGGAAAAACCGGCACUACUGAAUAAAUCGGAUUCGGACCACAGCAAACCAACCAAGCUGUACUUUCCAGUGUCGUUAUCUCAACCAAGACCUAUCGAGCCUAAGACUGUUGAAGUGGAACCCUCGUCCAUGCUGAUCAGUGGGUCUCCGUCAAUCAUGAAGAAGCGGGGCUAUGAACAGAGUAAUGGUAUUGAUGGACCACCCUCCAAGCGGCCGUCCAUGGGAGUCAUCCGUCAGAUCGGCUCAGCUAUGAGGUCACACAAUAUGAGGGGUAGUGUACUGAACCACAAUAUGAAUGGGCGUGGCAAGGUACCAGUGUCAAAAGGAAUGAAGAUGCACAUGAUAAACUGGAUAGAUGCUCCCGAUGAUGUAUACUUUGUGGCUACUGACGCCACCAGGAAAAUAAGGAAGCAAUGGAGCUCACAAGAUUUCAAACGAACAGCACGAAAUCCCUGGAAAAACAUGCUGAUCAAGCCAGCAAUGGGAGGAGCUGAGUCUGACAUCGUAGUCCUCGACUAAACUCUAGUCACCUGUUGUGUCAGUGUGGAAAGCCACUAGCGAUGGCAGGGCACCUGUUCUCCACAUAGUGCUCAAAUGGUAGACUGAUUCUCAUUUCAAUGGACAGUAGCGUUCAGAGAUAAAAAAGUACUAACAUUUAUGUAAUAGAUAUUUUUUCACAAGACUGAUAUGUGGAAAAGUAGGGUUGUUACGAUGAUUAUUGUACAUCGGACAUGUCCCAAGGGCGGUCCGUGUCUGAGUAAUACUCCUGGCACAACGGUUGUAGGCUAGCAGGGUGUGCGGAAUAAGGGAGGAUCGAGUGUCACUAAGGUCUUGUUGGCCAGCAACUCUACAGGGGGUGGGAAUUUACUGUGGGGGAGGGGGAUUAGGGCUGGUGGGGUGACCGUAUGCCGGUUUUGGGUUGGGGUACUUCCUGUAUAUUUUGUUGGGGUUGGUUAGACACAGCUGUCUGUUGAGUGUGCGUGUGUGUGUGUUUGGUUUCAACAGCUGGUGCUGUCAACAAUUGUCAUAAAAAAAUUAAGUUUGAUGAUUACUACAUACUUUUUGUGUUCAUCUUUGAUAAGAUCUCUCUAAAAUAAAUAUGGUUUUCAUAAAUAGGAAGUGACACUUGAAGGUCACAAGGGCAAUUUUCCUAAAACAUGCAAUGAAAUGCCCUUGGGUAUAUUGGGUUAUCUUGAAUACCCAGAUCACCCCUGUGAAAUACUGUUUGAUAAUAUUUGUGUACAUGUUUGCAUAAUUUAAUGCAGUGAAGUACGGUUUAAAAAUUGUGUUAGAUUUUGCUCGAGAUUUGAGAGAUAGCAUUGUUCCUUUGGUCAAUACAUGCGAGAGUGUUCACCCGAUCGUGGCAGCUGAGACAGAUCUGUGGUCUGCUGAGUUCACCAGCCAUAAAUGUUGCCCAUUUGUACAGGUUAUUGUUGAUUAUAUGAGUGGAGAAUGAAAGGCACCAUGGUAGUAUUUAAUUGUAGACCGAGGGAUCGCUUAUGAAAAAUCACCUGUCAUUAUUUUUGUAUGCUACCCAGUACUAAAACUCUAGUACAUGUAAAUAGAUACAUCACCAAUCCAUCCUAGUAUUGAACGUCUCACAAAUCUAUAAUGUUACUGAAUAACAGCUCUAUUCUUACCAUGUAGGAUACUACUUCAUACACCAAUCGUGUUUGGCAUAUAUCUGGAAAUUAUUAUUUGCAAUGUUUUAUGUAUAUGCGAGAUGCAGGAAAUCCUUCAAAAUAAUAUAUAUACUGUAGAUGUUAAACUGUUUGCUGCUAAAGUACUGUCAACAAACCAGUUACUUCUUUCUUUAGAGCGUUCUUUUUAGUUUAAUGCUAAGAUAUUCUGAUAAAAAAGGGUCCAAUUUAAAGAUAAUUAUUUGAAACUGCUGGAUUUGUUGUUCCACAUUUACAGAUAGAUAUGAAAAGAAAAGAUAACUGUCCAGUUUGAAACCUUUUUGUUCUCAGAUAUGGAGUUAUGUGCCCCUGGCAAUGCCGUGUCAGAAAUCUAGGUCUAGUGGAAUACAUUCACAUCUGUUCAUCUCGUAUGUUCUCUCUCAUGGAUUCAUCAAGUCAUAUUUUCAUUUUUUGGUCAAAAGCAGUUCAGCUAAUUGGUGCAUUUGUAUGUAAGAUUUCCACUUUUGAAUUUGAACUGGAAAUACAAACAGCGUUAGUUUGUCUUGGAUUUCUCUUCAAAAUUUCAUGUCAUUGAGUGAAGUUGAAAAUCAUAUUUUUUUUUUUUUUUUUUUUUUUACUUUAGUUUGUUAUCCAUAUUAAAACCAAAACAGGUCUGUCAUUGUUCGUUUUCUUUUGUGUACAAUCUUAGCCAUGUGUUUAACAAGUAAAAUCAAAUUGUAUAUAGACAAGAUUUAAAUUUGUUUCAGCAAAGUAUUAUUAAUAAGAUUUUUAUACGUUUCUGGUAACAAAUGGAAUAUUAGAUAUUUUGUCCACAGGUCAUCAUAUCUUGAAUUUGUACAAGACUUAAUUUAUUCAAUUGUAUUCAUACCAUCUUCUGUUUUUGACUUACAAAACCAUCGAAUCAUAAUUAAAAUAUUGUACAUAAAUUA